AGGUUUGGAAAAGGCCUGGUGGACGCAGGGAGAGCGUCGCCUCCCUCCCUGUAUUCGGUGCUGACUGGGAGGCGAGGGAUUUGGAGGAGCCAAUCAGAAGCCAGAGUUCUUGGGGCUCCGGAGGAAGUGGACCCGAGCACUGUGGCUUUGGCAACUCUUCCUAGUGCGGAAUCGCCGCCGGAAUACCUGGCUGCUGGAGAGCGGAUCCACCCCAGGACGUCGGGUCGUUGCGCGGGCACGAUGUCAAGCGGAGAUGGCCAGCAAUCACAGGCCCUUACCAAACCCGCUCUCAGUGACAUACAGGCCUCCGCGUUAGUGGAAUCGGUAUUCGGGUUGAAAGUUUCCAAGAUCAAGCCACUUCCUAGCUACGAUGACCAAAACUUUCACGUGUACGUUUCAAAAAGCAAAGAUACGACGGAUGGCCCGACUGAGUUUGUUCUCAAAAUAAGCAACACCGAGUCUAGCAGCCACCCAGACCUGAUUGAAGUACAGAGUCAAGUCAUGAUGUUUCUGAAAGCAGCUGGCUUCCCGACGGCCUCUGUGUGUCACACCAAAGGGGACCACACAGCGUCUCUCAUGUCCAUAGAUAGCGGCUCUGGAGUCAAAAGCCACUUGGUGAGGCUGCUGACCUACCUCCCAGGAAGACCUGUCGCUGAGAUUCCCUUCAGUGCCCAACUCUUAUACAACAUUGGAAGGUUGGCCGCCUCGCUGGAUAAGACCCUGGAGAAAUUCCAUCACCCAAAGUUAAGUUGUCUUCAGCGGGAGGACUUCAUCUGGAAUCUGAAAAAUGUUCCUCUCCUGGAGAAAUAUCUGUACACCUUGGGCCAGAAUCGAAACCGAGAAAUCGUUGAGCAGGUGAUCCAGCUGUUCAAAGAGGAAGUAAUGACCAAAUUAAGUCAUUUUCGAGAAUGUAUCAAUCAUGGGGAUCUUAACGACCAUAACCUCUUAGUAGAGUCCAGCGAGUCAGCCUCUGGCGGUUCUGAGUACCAGAUAUCCGGGAUAUUGGACUUCGGCGACAUGAGCUAUGGCUACUAUGUGUUUGAAGUGGCCAUCACCAUCAUGUACAUGAUGAUUGAAAGCAGCACCCCUGUGCAAGUGGGAGGGCAUGUCCUUGCGGGCUUUGAAAGUGUCAUCCCACUGACAGCUGUUGAGAGGGGUGCUUUGUUUCUGCUCGUUUGCGGUCGCUUCUGUCAGUCACUUGUCAUGGCCACGUACUCUUGCCAGCUACACCCAGAGAACACAGAGUACCUCAUGAUUACGGCAAAAACUGGGUGGAAGCACUUGCAGCUCAUGUUUGACAUGGGCCAGAAAGCCGUGGAAGAAAUCUGGUUCGAAACUGCCAAGUCCUACGCGUCUGGGACCUCCAUGUGACAAGACGGAGCUUCACAUGAACUUGGACGACCCUGAAGACUCUGAACAGCUGUGAUGCUGCGUCGUCUCUGGACGACGACCCUGAAGAGUUGUAACACUGCCUCACCUCCGGAAGACCCUGAAGAGUUGUAACACCACAUCAUCUCCAGAUGACCCUGAAGAGUUGUAACGCCGCGUUUGUCUUCAUGCUGCCCACAAUAAACGGACGACCCUGAAGAGCUGUGACACUGCGUCAUCUCCCUGUGUCGUCUCCCUGCUUGUCUCUCUGCAUCGUCUCCGUACUGUAACACUGCAUUGUUUGUCCCGUCUCUCACUCCUUCCCUCAGGAAACCUGUCCGACUGUCCCCGGGGUCAAGACAGGCCGGCAGGUGGUGUAGUGGUUAAGGGCACUGGACCCCCACAUGGCUGACCGUGGUUUGAGUC